UAACGUGUUAUUCGCUCGAUUAAAUUCGUUAGAAAAAUAAUAAUAAUAAUAUGACAAAACGAAAUUUGUUAUGGUUAUUUUUCCUUUUAUUAAUUGCAAAAAUAACCGAAUCGAAUCAUCGCAAAGGACAGGCAUACAGCAUCAAGUAUAAAGUCGAUAAUGAAAUGAUACCCAUACGAAUAGAAUUUGAUGACAUUCGACAAGUAGAAUACGUAAUGAAUCUCCAUUCUGAUAAAGGAGGAAGGAAUUCUGUAACGUUUUACGAUUUCAAACAGGGUGUCGUUAUAUACAAAGAACUGACAGCUCGAGAGUGUUAUAUAGCAAGAUUGACCUAUGAGACAUUGGAGAGAGAGAGGGCAAAGCUUGAGAGAAAAAAGAAUUUUAUUAUCGAUUCGUCCAGUUUAAUAACCGUUUAUGCUAAUAAUAAAGCAAUUCUUCCAAGUAAAAUGAAGAAUUUCGUUGGAAUAAGAGGAGCAAGAUUUUGUAGAGGGAUGCAGACGUAUUUAAUAGAAGAUAAAUAUAAUCAGCAUCUUCGAUCUAAAAGGCAAGCUGGUCAUUACGUACAACGUAGUUACGGUCAUUACGGUCAACACAACACAAAUUACGCUCAUUACGGACACGAAACUUAUACAAUUGGAAGCUACGGGAUAAAGGAUGCAUCGGUGGACGAAAAAAACGAAGCAGAUGGUAAAAUCGCCUCACAAUUUCCGGUCUUUAUCUUACUUCCCCUAUCUCAACAAUCCAAUAUUCACAUUAAACACAAUGGGGGUUAUCAUUUACAACUUCCUAUUGGACAAAUAAAAUCGACUUAUAAUGGUAACAUCAACGAAGGACAGAUAAAUAAAGAAAUAAAUGAUAAGCAAACCAAAGAUGGUAUGCAUUCUUUCAUACAGAAUCAUAAAUGGUUACCGAUUCAAAUCGACCAGAACUCGACCAAUGAAACCAAUAGUUUUACAGGAAUGAUAAUAAUCCCCGGGCUUAAUCAGAAUAUUUUAUUACCAAAAAAUAAUCAACUAUGGAACCAUAAAAAAUCCGAAACUACAAAUAAGAAGGGAGUAAACAUCGAUGUCCAUUUAAAGACCAACUCAAAUAACUCGACUGCUUAUGGAAAUGCACAGAUUGGAGGUCAUCGUUCGUUUGUAUCUGGGAAUAAUUUAGGUAAAGGUGCUUUUACGGCAUUAUCUCGAUUAGAUUCGAGUGACGUUAAUUUAUAUAAUAAGGUACAGGGUAACGUAGAAGAAACAGCAGCUGAUGCAUCGGCAUUAAUACCGGGAGAAGGUAAUGCAAAAAGUAUGGCAAAAGCUUCAAUUUUAACUGGUAACACGUCUGCAGAAUCGUCUCUAAGUUUUCCAACAGGAGAUUCAAUCGCACGAGUUCAAGGUAAUCACAAAUUAAGUAAAGCUCAAUCUCAAGCUCGUAGUAACUUCUCUUCUAGCGGAACCCACACCAAUAUAACUCGAAUUAAAUCUAAGACUCAUUCAUUAAAAGGUGAAGUAAAUGCUACUGCUAGAUAUAUAAAUCAAAAAGGUAAAUCGGAAGCUUCUCUACGUAAUGAAUUCUCCGGAACUUCUUCUUACGCGAAAACUUUUGGACGAUUUCAAAACCAACCACUUAACUCCGCUCCUUAUUCGCCCGUCACCGAAACGAAGUACGUUAUUCAUCCAAUAAAUUCACAGAAACGUAUGAGUAGCCUAUUUUCUAACGUCCCAUCACGUUCGUCGAGUGAUAUUUUAAGUCAUUCUUCUCAAUUUCUUGAUUUAAAAUUAAGAAAAAUCCCCACAGAAACGAAAACUUAUGAGAUACCAUACGACGUCCAAAAUUCUUCUAAGAGAUCCAUCAAUUUUAAACAAACGACUCAUUUAUUUCCAGAUAUCAAAUACCCUAACAUCACCGUCGAAAAUAUUUUAUAUCCUCAAUAUCUAUUAAUACCUUCAAGAUCGAGAAACACAGCCGAAAGUAUAUUACACACUACGGUAUAUCGUCCAUCCCUCUCUAAAACUCGUCACAAUACCUCUUCUGCCUCUAAUCAUCAUCAUCAUCAACAUCAUCAUCAAAAUCGCUCCGAAAUUUAUCCGAUUUUGAUCCGUAAUCGAAAUUUAUUCUUGCAACGUAAUCAAACGUCAAACAAUCAAAUUAGGCAUUUGUACAAUGCUAGAAAUCAUAGAUUAAAAAUCAUAAAAAACACGCGAAAAAAUAAAAUAAGACCAAAUAUUUAUACGGAAGAAAAUAGAAAACAAGUCAACGAUAUGAAAUCUAAAAAUAAUUUUAGAACUGAUGUUUAUAAUAAAACAAAAGAGAGAGAUAAAACUCAUCGUAAACACGUCAAUCCUUUGUUAUUAAUACGAAUGCAAUGUUGCAGAUAUCCAUUGCAACGGUCGCGUUUACACUGCUGUUCAAGGAAACCGAACGUUAAUUUCAAUCAAUAUCAUCAAAGAUCGAGUGCAAGAUCGAAAUCGAAAUGUCUUACCAAUAAAACAUGCCAUUUUUUAUACAGGACUACUCAGAGAAUUCAAAUUUGUAAAGUUGAAGAUGCAAAAAUGUGUUGA